GUACCCACUGGCUUGAUAAGAUCCUAAACAAUGUGGUAGACAUUGGUGCAAAAUAUACAGAAGAGGAAAAGAACAAGAGAAUUGAUAUUGAAAACGAAUUGGCGAUGCCUCCACGCCUUGAGUUUGUUCAUGCAGAUAAAUUAAAGAUGAUGGAAAAACUACCUUCCAGAAGGAUCAUUGUAACACAUCUGACUCCUGAUACACUGCCCAAAUCUAUUUUCAAAAACAAAGCCAAAGUACUGGUGCUGAUUCGAAACCCAAAAGAUACACUGGUGUCUUUUUUUCAUUUUAUCAACAAGAUGUCAAUUUUUCCCACAUUAACAUGGGAUUCAUUUUUCACCGAUUUUAUGAAUGGGAAAGUGAGUUGGGGAUCCUACUUUGACUACAUCAAAGAAUGGGACAAGUAUAUUGAUGAUGAAAAUGUCACAGCCCUAAUUUAUGAAGAGCUAAAGGAGAAUCCAAAUUUAGGACUGAAAAAAAUAGCUGCCUUCCUUGGGUAUUCUCUGAAUGAAGAAGAGAUUCAAAAGGUUAUCGAAAAGAGCAGCUUCAAAGUCAUGAUGGAGAAUGGUCCAAACACUCUUGGAAAAUUUACAGACAUUAUUUUUCGCAAAGGAUCUGUUGGUGACUGGAGAAGCAUGUUCUCAGACUCCCAGAACCAAGAAAUGGACAGAAAAUUUGAGGAGUGUUUAGCUGGCACUAAACUAGGAGCUAAAAUUAAUUACGAGGUUUAUUGCAAGAUGUGAGGAGGCAGCCACCCCACCAUCUACCCCAGCUCAUGAUGAAGUCCAUCUUUGCUGAGCUGUCUCCAAAGACACUUUGCUUUGUUUCUUCGUGCAUUUGAUCUUUGAGUAAAGUAAGUUCAUGGA